AUGUCGUCCCGCUCUUAUCGCACUUACGGAGGAGCGGGAGGGUCACCAUCUGGAUAUCGCUCACCUGAUGGACCUCGACACGUUCCCGCUCGCCAGGAAGGGCCAAGCUCAUAUUCUGCCUUUGGCACCAAACGCGCCAGAGGACGAGCGUCGCCGACUUGGAGCGACCAACCCGACAAAAUAUCCAGAGGAUCCAACGCAGCCGCGGAUAGGGGGCGCGGUCGUGGCAGCUCUGGGUCCCAAUCUUCUCAAUGGCGUCGACAGGACGACCCUCAAUGGAGCAAUGCGUCGUGGGACAGCGCAUCGCCGAUGCGGUCUUGGGAUGGUAGUGCAUCACCGGCGCAGUCGAACGACUGGUCUUGGAGUAACUCCUCACCGGCGCAUCUAAACGAUUGGUCUUCAGGCAAUGAUUCGCCCAUGCAAACGGACGACUGGGGUCGGGGCAACGCGGUUGACUCCCAACCGAACUCUUGGCCUGAAGAUCCUAACCAGAGCCCCGCGCCAACGAACAACGGUUCUGGCUCAGGCGAAGCUUCUGGCCUGGCUGCACUCUCCACUGAAGAUUGGUCCAAAUGGGCUCCUCCGAGCACGAUCACAUCCUGGGCUGAUGAUGAUCCGGCUUCGGAGAGUGGUGCUCUGCCGCCCUUGCCAGUGGAUGCUGAAUGGGGAAACCUCCCGAAGUGGAAAGACCGCCUUAUCUUCACCGACACUGCUGCCAGCGUCGUGGACGAGGAUGAAUUCCCUUCACUGCUGCCUUCGACAUCACAAGAAGCUCCACCCAGGUCUCCGCAACCAGCAAUUGACCGCAGCUCUUCUGGGACGCCUUCCACCGUCCGGUCCGGAUCUAGCCUAUCACGGCACAUCGAGCAACCUCGCUCUACCCCAAUACCCUCGAUGGUGCGAUCACGCGCCACUUCCGCAUUUGGAAAGGGUAAGAAUACCUAUAUGUCAAACAAUUCCACCAUACCAGUUUCUACAAACAACGACUGGGAUGUUGUAGAUCACCGAGGAGACGAAGCCGACCAGAACUAUCGGGUAGUUCAGGAAGCCAUCCGUUUUGUGAACGGCGAUUGGGAUCCUCUACCGGACGGUCCAGGCUGGAACGAAGCGGGCGAGCCCAUAAAUAAUGUGAACGUAGAGGAUGAGAUCGUGCGCGUGUGGGAGGACGGUGCACGAAGAGAUGUCGAAUCUGAAGAUGGAGGUUCUGGGCGUACGACUCCUGGGUCAACCGAUACACUCAUCAAUCCAUCCGACCUCCCUGAAGGCGUUCCGAGAAUUAGGCCAUUCAUUGGUCUAUCAGCUGCAUUCACGCCGAAGGCACGCAUCUCUGCGGUUGUUCUUGCCACUCAAGACAGUAUUGUCAUCAUCAAUAUGUCCGAUGCAUACAUGACAGAAGCAGCUGACAUGGACAAAGAAGUGCGGCUUCGAGAGCUGUUAAUCACCCUACUUGAACGUGAAAAGCCAACUAAUAUUGCGACCGACUUCGGACGUUUGGCACUGGCCAUUCACCGCGAUCUCGAUAUACAUGUGAAUGGCAUCGAUCUAUCUGCCUCACUAUCUGGCACAACCCGAACCGUCUACAUGCCUGCGCAGUUGGCUCUUAUGACGACUAACCACCCGCACAAAUCUGUGCUGAAAGAGCUUGCUUUGGUGCUGAAAGAUCAAGGGAAUGAAGAAGGACCUAGCCCCAUGACCGCCGCUGUUGCUGGUGCAUUGUUUGCGGCAUUGUUUGCAGAUGGAAGGGCUUUCGAGCCUGACAAGAUUGUCAGGCUGAAAACACAACAUGUCCAGGAGAAAGAACUUUGCCUCCUUGAGACCAUGCAGUUGCAGGCGGAUGUAGUCGAUCGCUCUCGGCCGUCCACAUACGAGGCAGAUGUCGUGUCGUGCCACAUCACCGCUACUAAUGCAAUUGUCGUGACCAAUGCACGAUAUGCGACAAACAUUCGUCCGCGCAUGAAUGUUAUGAUAACAUUCGACAAUGGGCAGACUUUGCCAGGUAGAGCGGUCGCUACUCGGUCAAAGCAGACCAUGAUUGAGUUCACAAAUCCCGAUGCACUUCUCGAAAAAGCUGUGGUGGAGUCCAUCCUGGUCGUUGGGGGUGACCUGCCAACUAUGGCUGAAGUUGCCAAGCGUGAUUGGAUGCUUUCUCAGCUUCGAGAACCGUCACGGCUCUCUGAUCGGAGCGAUAUAUUUCGCUCGAUCUGGUUCCCAACUGAAGGCGAUAUCAAGAUGCUGGAAGACAGUGUCAGAGGCGCUGCUGACUUGGCCGACGAUGAUGACGACUGGAGAGUUCCGCUGGAUGAGUCACAGACCCAGGUUGCCGCGGUCAUGUGCUGCCCAGAAUAUCCAGUGGUAUUAACCCAUGGACCUCCCGGUUCGGGGAAGACAAGGACGAUCAGCGCAGCAGUUUACAGAUGGACCGAACUUGGGCAGACAUCCUGGCUUAAUGGCUUCAGCCAAUUUAAGCUUCUUGUUUCAGCAGAUUUCUAUACUGCUUGGCACGAGAGUGUGUACACUGACGUGAGCAGUAACCUGAUCACUCUGGAUGACCUUCCAGACAAAAUGGAAGAUCUUUGGCAUGCUCUGCGUAACUAUCCGGUCAUACUGUGUACACUGUCCAUGAUGUCAAGCCGUACACUCAUUACCCGUGGUCUUUUCGAAGUGAUCCCUGUCCAGAACCUAGUCAUCGAUGAAGCUUCCCAAAUAUUCACAGGCGACUUUCCACAUUUAUUCUAUAGAAUAUCGACCGACUUGAAGAAACUGCAAUCGCCUCACGACUAUUAUCUGUAUACGCCAGUACCGCCCUUCGGCUCUGAUCUCUCUGAAGAGCUUUCAACUGUAUUCGAUCUGCCACAUUUGCAGAAGAAUAUGCAUUUCUUGCGCACGACGUACCGUGUACCUUUUGCAUUGAACCAAUUCCUCUCCGAUGAAGUUUACAAAGGCAACCUCCACAGCCGAUUCAAGCCUGAUCGAUCCACGAGCGUACUCAAAUUUAUUAAUGUAUCUGAUGGAGAGGAGAUCAAGGUUGGAACAAGUUGGCGAAAUCUCAAAGAAGCCCAGGCAGUCGUCCAUCUGGUUGAAAAAUAUUAUCACCACAAAAACUUCGUCGUUCUUACCCCAUAUGAUGCUCAGCGAGCAUGUAUAGAACAAUUGCUGUUAAAAUGCAACCGAGCUUGGAGAGGGAAGGUGUAUAAUGUUGACAGUUUCCAAGGCAAUGAGGCGGAUUAUGUUUUGCUCUCUCUAGUACGAACCAGCCGCCCAGGAUUCCUCACUUCGACUCAACGCUCAAACGUAAUGCUCUCCCGAUGUAAAUUGGGUAUGGUUAUUGUCACCAAGAGCUCCUUCCUACACCGCCGUGCUGCUAGCGAUACACUCGUUGGCAGGUUAGCCACCCGUUGGGAACGAGACCACCCAACAAGCCCUUGGGUGAACGUCCGGUACAUCCUCAAUGGGAAUGCGGACAUGCCUGGCGUUAAAGGCAAUGGGCCCAAACGGCCCGAGCGAGGUUGGCAAGGUGACAAUCCUUAUGCGAUGCCCAACCCUGCAAGUGGAUUCGGGCAUGUUACGUUUGGUUCACUGUAUAGUGAUAUUAUUGUUUCAUGA